AUGACGUCUGGAGCGACCGAGUUUGCCGGUACAACCAAAAACAUGGGUCCCGGUAGGCAAUUGUCCAACUUUUCGCCUGCAACUCAGUCUCUAACGCAGUCGGCUUCAAUAUUAGCAUCUCAGCCAACUCAGGAGCACACCCCGAUGGCAGCUGGCCAGGCCACGGGUUCGUCCAACAGUGAAUCUAUGGCCAAAGCACAACCGGGUCAGGUUCGGUUUUCCACCAUCACCGAAGAAAUCGAACCGCCCGACGCUUCAAACGCUCCUCAAUCACCCGAACCAGAAUCCGCGGAGCCUCCAAAGGCGAACGAUGACCUACAACGACUAGCAGAGAGCCUCCAAAGCUCUCAGCUGCAGGAGACUCGGUUGMGAAACUUUUCUUACGAUCCCAUUUCUCUUCCUUCGUCAAGGGUCGGAUCUCGAGAAUCAAGCGAUCGCAGUGCCCGGGAACCUAAUGGCUCCUCUUUGCCGUCUCCCCGUGCUUCCCCGAUGCAAUCGCCUCCUCUUACACCUGCAGCUACUAAUUCGCGUGAAGCCACACAUCAAAACGUUCCUCCUACCACCAAUGCCACGAAUAGAACCGCUGCUGCAGCCAUGACUCCGCAAACGUCGCCUCCAGUAGUGGCUGAGAGAAAAGGGAUCCCGCAGAGCGCGCCCUCGUCUCGGCCGUCUUCGACCGACCAACUGUCCAAACAGAUCGAUGUUUCGAAGACUUCAUCUAAUCCCUUGAACGGGCCGAAGCACCGGGCGCAAUUCUUUCUCGGUCCCGGGGCUGAACCAAGCUCGCAGGAGGAGAGUCCGCCAAUGACACCACGGGACUAUACCCCGCCCGGCGCCAUUACACCUGUGGGAGAGCCGAACGACCCGUAUGCUCGCAGCAAGCGACCGCCUCAGGCUAAGAACCUUGCCCAAAUCGACCAAAGGUUCAUCUUUGGAGGCCGUGACUCCAAACGCCGAAGCCACACGACGUCAACUUUCGGUCGUCCCGGAACCCCCCGCUCCGCCAGUGCUGGCGAUUUGAAAUCUAGCGACAAGCGAGGCGGUAUCUUCGGCAGCAAGAAAGAUUUACGACAGAGCAACAGCGGAGAAGGCAAACACCAUGGCCACAUGGCGGAGCUCAAGCGAUUCUUCAAGAUGGGUCACCACAAGCAUAAGCGAGGCGAUUCUCCCUCCUCUAUCCCGAAGCGGUCGAGCCGCUCUUCUGGAAAGAGCCCCUCAGAAAUCGUUCCUUUCGCCGAUGACCACGGGCUCAACACCAAAUACGGAAAGCUCGGGAAAGUUUUGGGCUCCGGAGCCGGCGGUUCUGUUCGGUUAUUGAAGCGUAACAGUGAUGGAGUGACUUUCGCCGUGAAACAAUUCCGAGACCGCCACUCCUGGGAGACGAUGAAGGAAUAUUCCAAGAAGGUGACAGCCGAGUUCUGUAUUGGGUCAACUCUGCACCACGGCAACAUCAUUGAGACACUCGAUAUCAUUCAGGAGGGAGAUCACUGGUACGAGGUUAUGGAAUACGCGCCCUAUGACUUGUUUGCGAUCGUCAUGACCGGGAAAAUGUCCAAGGACGAAAUCGCAUGCUGUUUCAAGCAAAUCCUCAGUGGUGUGGCCUACCUGCACGGCAUGGGACUGGCGCAUCGGGAUUUGAAGUUGGAUAACGUGGUUGUCAAUGAGCAUGGCAUCAUGAAACUCAUCGAUUUCGGCAGUGCGGUUGUCUUCCGAUAUCCCUUUGAGAAUGACAUUGUCCCUGCUUCUGGUAUUGUUGGAUCGGACCCCUACUUGGCACCAGAGGUGUACGACGAAAAGAAGUAUGACCCACGUCCCACAGAUAUAUGGUCAUUGGCUAUUAUAUUCUGCUGCAUGACACUGCGCCGAUUUCCGUGGAAGCAACCCCGCGUCAGCGAUAACUCCUAUAGGCUCUUUGUCUCAACACCAACGCCAGGAACCCCUGUGCCGGAUGCUGACCCGAAGCGUCACCGCGCCAUUAAAUCAGCUCCAGACCUGUCGGCGGUUGACAACGAGGGCAAACCGGCGCAACCAGCGGAGGAUAAGGACGGAUCAAGUGAGCCUUCGGCACAAUCGGACUCGGAAAAGAAACAAGCCCCCGCCACCUCCACGACGAGUGACGAGAACCGCCCUCCCGAGAGUCCUAAAGAUAAGGUCAGCGGCAACCUCAGCAAACCAACUCGAACUACAAGCAAGGAAGCGCCGCCUCUCCCAGCUUCAGCGCAGUCAUCGAGUCAGCGUCAGGAGGUCAUCAAGGGUCCUUGGAGGCUCCUGCGUAUCUUGCCACGCGAAAGCCGAUAUAUCAUUGGUCGCAUGCUCAAAGUGAACGUGAAGGAGCGAGCCACUCUGGAAGAAGUUUUGACCGAUGAGUGGGUUCGAAACAUCCAGGCUUGCCGGCAGGAGGUAACGGGCGAGGUUAUCAAAGCUUGCAAUCAUACCCAUGUCCUGGAGCCCCCUUCGCCAGCGCAGCCAGUCCAGAGCAAAGCCAACAACAAGCCCAAUAACAAGGCGAAAUAA